AACGAGCCCCCCACCAUUUCACAACGGGAUAAAAUUGGAAGCUUUCCGGCGGAGACUCCACAGCGGCCGCUGCUUCCUCCCUCUUUCUCCCCGCCGUCCUCGGCGUCCGUUGCUUCCCAGGCUACAAAGGGGAGCGGAGAGAGAGAGAGGGGGUGAGAGGGCAAGAUGAAGGCUACGGUGAAGGGGAGAUAUGAGGUGGACAAGAGCUCCGUCUUCGCUACGGUCGCCGUCAACGCCGGCGACCUCAAGCUCAAGGCCUCCAUGGCCGACGCCACCUUCGUCCACGGUCCCUCCCUCAACGGUCUCGGCCUUUCCGUCGAGAAGCCUGGCUCCUUCAUCAUCGACUACAACGUCCCCAAGAAGGAUGUUAGGUUUCAGUUCAUGAACUCUGUGAGAGUUUUCGACAAGACGGUGAAUCUGACAUACACUCAUGCCCGCGCGGACAACCGGGUGGGCAUCGACGGGUCGGUGGCAUUCGAUCCGGCGAACAAGGUGUCGGUCAGCUAUGCUCUGGGAUCGGGGAAUUGUAAGGUUAAGUAUGUGUACACGCAUGGGGUGCUGAGGAGGACGGUGCUCGAGCCGUGCUAUGAUGUGUCGAAGAACUCGUGGGAUUUUGCGGUGACGAGGAAGUUUGAAGGGGGUGAUUCUCUUAGGGCUACCUACCAGAUGUCGUCGAAGAAUCUUGGGCUUGAGUGGAACAGGGAAUCGAAGAUCAAUGGAUCCUUCAAGAUUUCCACAUCCUUCAAUCUGGCAGAGCAAAAGAAGGUUCCAAAAAUAAUAGCUGAAAGUACAUGGAACUAUGAAAUGUGAUCUGAUGACAGCUACAUUCUUAUACCUCACCCAUGGCCAUGGGUUGUUUCAUCAAAACAAUUUUUGUUGUCAAUCUUUACUUAAAAUUUAGUUAUUGAAUUUUCUUUGUUCAGGUUGUUACUUCACCAAGGCAUGGGUUUGAAGGCAUAAAGACUCUGCAUCUGCCUUGGAACAAAAUUAUUAUUAUUAUUAUUAUUAUUAUUAUUAUUGCUGCUUUGAAUCCCUUUUGUUGAUUAAGGGAGAAAAAUGAGCUUAGAUUUGGUUCAUGGUACAAGAAUACUUUUUCUAAGUCCACUUGUCCUAUUUGUGCAAGAAUUGUUGGACUGCUGCAUUUAUUGAUCAUGAGCUUUACCAAUGAGGGAUGUCAUGCAAACUUCUGCA